AAUUUAGUCGACGUAUUGGACAAGGAAAAGAGGACACAGGAUGGGAAUCACAACGGACAACUGGGCACGUAAAUCCCUAUUUAUUCUGUUCGGAGUAUUCUUGGGAUACGGCCUGGCUGUGUUACCAAGCUUCUACACUUCCACUAGCACAAAUGUCCCCCUACCACAGGGUUACAUCGAGGCAGUGCAACGCCACAUCUUGUCACAUGAUUAUGUUCGAUCUAGGGCAGGAGCUCCGGAGUUACAGAGGGAAGUUGGGCCAAAGAAGAUACUUCUGGACUGCGGAGCUAAUGUUGCUUCUACUGUUCAGUUAUUUCGGGAGACCUACCCCGAAGGGAAAGACUACACUAUCCACUCAUUUGAGCUGGAUGCGAGGCUGGCACCUUACUUUGCGUCCUACUCCAACCAUGUUCUCCACUGUCCAGUCGCCGUGUCGGCUCAAGAUGGAAACAUUUCUGCCUACGCCGAGUCGGCGUGGAAACCAGACAAAGGGAAAGUCAGAGGCAAAGACAUGCAGUGGGGAGGUGGAGCGAUCUACGUGUCUAAUUCGGAGAAAAAUAAUGAAAAAAGCGGCAGACGAUUCGGUGUGCAAAACGUCAUACCGAUGGUGGAUCUUUCCACGUGGAUACAGAAAAACACAGCACUGGAAGACUACGUCAUUUUCAAACUUGAUGUUGAAGGAGCUGAGUACCCAAUCGUGGAGAAGAUGAUCAAAGAAGGCACCUUCAAGUGGAUAGACAAGUUUUAUGGUGAGUUCCACAGCUGGGCCGCUGUACCUGGAUGGUCGAGAGGAAGAAAGCAGAAACUUCGGGACACCAUGAAAACCCAUGGCAUCAAAAUGCUGGAUUGGGCGGGGGAGCACAAAAGAUACCAAGACAUGGAAGACCUCCACAAAGUCGACAUCCCUGGAGACACCCCCGGAGUUGCUGGAGAGGUCUACUCCAACUGUUCCCGCUCUCCUGGCGGUCCGGCCCGCCUGUCCCUGGCGGUUCAGGUCGGGAUGAACAGGAAGGCAGCCCACAAGCUGGUGGAGACUAUACGGGCCCACCCCAGCAACAUGCCGGUCACACUCUUCGUCUACGGGGACUUCGUGCAGGGGCAUCCGGAGCUGAUCACCAAGUGGGCUGAAAGAUAUACCAUAGGAAUACGAGAGAACGCACCAUUUCCGGCAGAUCACUGGAUCCUUCAGAACGCAAACGUGAUGCGGAUGAGUUUAAUGUCGGCCGUACAGCGGAUGAAAGAAGUCGGACUACAAGCAGCCUACUACUAUCCUGAUGGUCUGUCGGGACGAGUGAAAGACGUCGCGAAGAAAAGAGGGUUGCGGAUCGUUCAACCGACAACCAAGUUUCCUCCGAACAUGGGAACACUGCUAACGGAAGACAACUACUACAAGUACAGAGACGUGGAGAGGACACCCAAGGCACUCCGUAUCCUGUAUGAGCGCAUCUCUGACGGAGGGAUUCUCAGUCUGGACAGUGACCAUCUAGACAGCUACAUGAUCUCCGCUUUUCUCAUGGACUACCUGUACGAAAACUCCGGCUUUGAACUUGUCAAUGUUGGCAACUGUUUGAAGUCAUAGAAUCCGUCUGAAAUUGUCGAAUAGCACCGGUGCAUCUUCUCUCUAAUUAAGCUAAGUGCUUAAAAACUGUUAUUUGUUGUCGUUUUUCAUGGCCGCUCCUUUUGUCAUUAUAUCUAAUGUGCGGUGAACAAGUUGGUAGCAACUUGAGCGGAUAUACUAUGUACAUGGUUCUAUAUAGACUGGUGUAACUAGAUCACUUCAAGAAAUUAGAAAAAACUCAAAAUCUACGGCAAUGAUGUAUUAGUAUUGUUAUAAUCGAUGAAAGGCAUAGUGUACCGAUUAUAAGUUAAAAGGACCAGAUUUUCAGGACCCAACUGUUGGUUCUUUUAAAACAGUAUCAUAUUUUUCUCAAUGCAGUUUUAUUUCGCUAAAAAUAUAAAAUACAU